UUUUUCCUCUCUUCUUUGCUAUCUUUAUUCUUCAUUAUUACUGUGACACAGUGACACUUGCUUUUUCUCGUUACAGUGCAACAAGCUUGGCUCUUUUAAGGGGAGAAGACCCAACAGAAGACUAGUGUGGAAGUCGCCUGUCUCUCAGUGGAACUGUUUUGUCAGACAAAUAAUGGCUGAUCAGAAUUCCAAACCAAGCUACUUAUUGUCCAUCUAUUGCAGAAUGCCCCCAACUUCUUCCAAACUUGAGCUUCAUUAGACUUGUAGUUUCUUUCUUGUUUCUCUUUCUCUCUAAUUGGGAUACCAAGGAGGUUAUCAAAUCAAGUUCUGUGCUUUACUGGGCUACUCUCAGAAUUUAAGUAUUGGGUUUUGCCAUUUUGGUGAUGUGUGGAGGAACAUUCAUAUUUUGGGAGAAAAGAAAGGAGUGUUUUCUAUUAGCUAUUACUUAAGAACACCUCGAAAAUUGGUUUCCUGGAGAACAGGCAUAUUCAACACCAUUGCUGCUUAUAUAGGCUUAGGACUUCAGGAGAUUGCUGGACAAAGUGUAGGUUGUGUGCUUGAACAAUAUGAACAACGGUUCAAAAGGCAAGUUGAAGGGGCAUGGGGUCUCUAUGAUGAACACAUCUUUAAAGAGAGGCCGACGAGCCAAUGCUGUAAUCCAAGUUGCUUCAUGCUUGGUUGAUGGGUGCAAUUCCGACCUUAGCAUGUGCAGGGAGUAUCACCAGCGCCACAAAGUAUGUGAGCUCCAUUCAAAGACCCCAAAGGUCACGAUUCAGGGACAGGAAAAGCGAUUCUGUCAGCAGUGCAGCAGGUUCCAUUCAUUGGAAGAGUUUGAUGAAGGAAAAAGAAGCUGCAGAAGGCGUCUUGCUGGACACAACAAACGCCGAAGGAAGCCUCAGUUGGAACCUAUGCCCACAAGUUUAGGAGCAUUUCUUUCUGAUUACCAAGGCGCAACAUCUUCAGCAUUCAGUACUCCACAACUCUAUCCAACAAAUGCUGUAAUGAACUCUGCUUGGGAAGAUUUUCCUACUCACAGCCACUCCCAAUUAAGUGUCUCAAGAAGAAACUCAUUUUCAGAAUCUUUACCAUGCUAUAGCCACAGAGUAGGCAUUGGCUUCAUGCACUCCGAAGCUGCUUCUUCUGUUUGCCAACCACUUCUUGGUACCAACUUUGCAUUGGGAAAUUAUGGCAACAACCACAAAAUUUUCUCCAAUGAGUUCUUCAGUGGCAACGUUGAAUCCAGUUGCGCUCGCUCUCUUCUGUCAUUGACGCCAGCAGUCCCGGAGGAGACUGGUUUGAGCCUCAUAGGACAGACAAGUUCAAUCUGCUCAGCUCAGUCCUUCGUCCCUAGACUUCACCACUACAAUGAUUUGGGAAUGCAGGGUGGAGCAGUAGUUUCUAAUCUAGUUACUGAUGGAAGCAACAAUUCCAAUCUCCUGUGCAUUCAGCAGAUGUUUCACUAGAUGCAAUCCUUUCCCUUUGUGAUGAGGAACCAGAGUUCGCUAUGUUAACUCAUGAGAGAUUGAAAAUGCUUCUGUUUGUAGUUUUUUAUUGUUACUCCCCUGAAUAAUCCAAAUAAAUAAUAUGCUUUGCAUUAUUGCAUGAAUUCAUUGGCUGAAAAAGGU